CUUGAAGAAUGAGAAGCUGAUGUCCGUGUUGUUCCUAGUGCACAGACUUGAAGGGUUUUAUUUGUGUUUCAGUUGAGAAAUGCUGACUGUGACUUUUGUAUGGACAAUACAAAGGUUAGUUUAUUUUGGCAUGAUCAUAUAAGAUGAAAAUAAAUGAGUGAUUUAUGCACCAGCUUUAUACACGAGAAGAGCUUUGACAGAGCGGACGCGAUUCUCCUGCUUCUUCAUUUUCUCCUGUUAUUACGCUUACAGAAAGCUUGAAGCUCUAAGGAACUUCCUUUUGAUUCAUUGCAUGAGUGUGAAGAAAGAUCAUUAAAGAAUGAGAAGCCUGAUGUGUUUGUUGUUCCUUGUGAUCUUCUGCUCUGUGCAGAUGACUUCAAGCACUGUCAUUUCAAUUGAUUCAGCACAAUCUAAGUGUUGUGGAGAAGAGUUCACUGAUGUGAAGAUUCCUGUGAAACUGGUGACGUCUUACUACUGGACCAGCAGCAGCUGUGCCAGACGCGCUAUUGUGUUUCAGACAAAAGCAGGGAGAGAGUUCUGUGUUGAUCCAGAGAGCACCUGGUUGAAGAGCUAUAUUGAUAAAGUGGACAAAAGUACAACAGUCCAAAAGUAGCUACACUGUUUCUAUUUGAACUGUGCAUUUCAUAUUGUAUAUUCAAACUUUGUGUUAUUUCCAAUGUAUAUAAAGUAUUUUAUUUUUACAGAAUCAUUUAUGUGAUUGGGUUCAGUUGUUUUAAUAAAUUAUAUCAAUGAUAAAAAAA